AUGCUCGAGGAUGCUGCAAACCACGAUAUUCCUCCUACCAAAAAUGAAAAUGCCUUCGCCGGCCACGCGCAACGCAGCCUGAGCAAGCGCCCGGAGGAGAAACGUCUCGUCCUCAAGCUGGAUCUGAUCCUUAUGCCCUUGUGUUGCCUCAUCUACUUUGUCGCUUACCUCGACCGAAAUUGUAUUGGCAAUGCCCGUUUGAUGGGCUUGGAAGAGGACUUGUCUCUCACUCCGAAUCAGUUCUAUAAUUGUCUGACCAUGUUCUUUGUUGGCUACAUCAUUUGCAUGUUUCCAGGAAACGUCGGACUCAGAUUGCCCUGGAUGACAGCACCAGCGUUGAUUGGGGGCGGGGUGCUAACUUUUGGCGCCUUCUGUGCCGGUAUUGGCGGUGCCCAGAACUAUGCAACUGUCCUGGUCCUCCGGGUUCUCAUCGGGUGUGCGCAAGCAUUCAUUCAGGGCUUGGGCCUGUAUCUGUCUUUCUGGUACAAGAGAAAUGAAUUGGCUUCUCGAAGUGCUGUCUUCUACUCGGCUGCCACCAUUGCAGGCGCUUUCUCCGGCCUUAUAUCGUACGGGAUCUCGAAGCAUCUCACACUGGAGCGAACCGGACUCUCCCCAUGGCGGUGGCUCUUCAUCGUCGAAGGGGUCUUGGCCGUGGCUGUGGGCAUCACUGUUAUCCUGGUCAUCCCCAACUUUGCGGAUCGGAUGAAGAAGUUGAAAACCUGGCUGCUGAGCGAGGCCGAGCUCAAAUUGGCUAUCGAGAGAUCGAAGGACUAUAACACCACGGGAGCCAACAUCGACAUGUGGCAGGUCUGGGCAUGUUUCAAGGACCCUAAAUCGUGGAUGUUCGCCAUCAUCAACGCCGGCGUGGCACUUGGUAUUGCAUCCGUGGGCAAUUUCCUCCCCACCUUUGUCAAGUCUUUCGGAUACUCUGCAGACAAGGCACAACUUUUCACCGUCAUCCCAUACGCCUGUGCGGCCGUGUUCCUGAUCGCCAUCUGUUUCCUUUCUGACAGGUACAACAUGAAGGGUCCCUUACUUGUCGUCACCCUAUCGGUCUCGGUGAUCGGCUACAUCAUCUUGUUAUCCGUGCGCUCCGUGCCCGUCCUGGUAUUCGCCACCUGCCUAAUCACCGCGGGCUUAUACCCGAGCGUGAUCCUUUUGACAUCGUGGUUGGGCAUCAACACCUGCGGCUUCACCAAGCGCGGCACCACCUGGGCCAUGGCCGAGGUCUUUGGGCAGUGCUUCUCCAUCAUGGGCACGCACGUCUACGACAGCCCCCCUCGCUUCAUCAAGGGCCAUGCGAUCGUCUUGGGCUUCCUGUCUAUGGCUAUCAUCAUGACCGUAUCAGCUGUCUUCUGGAUGAAACACGAGAACAAGCGCAAGGAUGCUGAGAUCGAGCGAUACAGAGACUCUGGAGAGCAUCAUCCGCACUUCGAACGCAGCCUGGAGGACGAGGGUGAUCAGCACAUUGCCUUCCGGUAUAUUCUUUAA